GAGGAUCAGGAAAAAUAGCUAAUGUGUACUAAGCCUAAUACCUCAGUGAUUAAAAAAUCUGCACAAUAAACCCACACGACACAUGUUUACCUGUGUACCCACACAUGCACCCCGACCUUAAAAUAAAAGUUAAAAAAGAAAAAUAACCCAGGAAAAUAGAAAGAGGUAGAGAUUGAUUUUUCUUAGAGAUUCUAGAGUCAUUUCUUCCUCCUGUGACUCAUUAUCAGCAUUUCUUCUAUGUUGCUUUGCAUAUAUUUCUAGGAGACAAUUUCUUGGCUCAUUGACUUUAGAGUUGCAGUCCCAGGUCAUUAUAGCUUUAUUAGGUCACUAUCCUCCAGUGCAGUUAAUUAGCUAUUUUUUCCAUUUAUAUAAAUACUUUAAAUUAAUCUGUGUGUGCUUGAGAUGAUAGUCUGUAAAUAGCUACAAGGUAAGGAUGGCAUGAAGUUCACAACAGGAACAAGGUAAACUAGAUAAACUUCAGCUGCAGGAAAGACUCAGGUAAGUAACAUGAAAACUGAUCUUGGAGUCUGAGGCAAUGAAUGGAAUGAAUCACUCUGUAGUAUCAGAAUUUGUAUUCAUGGGGCUCACCAACUCAUGGGAGAUUCAGCUUCUACUUUUUGUUUUCUCCUUGUUGUUCUACUUUGCAAGCAUGAUGGGAAACAUUGUCAUUGUGUUUACUGUAAUCACGGAUGCUCAUCUGCACUCCCCCAUGUAUUUCCUCCUGGCUAACCUCUCAAUCAUUGAUAUGGCAUUUUGCUCAAUUACAGCCCCUAAGAUGAUUUGUGAUAUUUUCAAGAAGCACAAAGCCAUCUCCUUUUGGGGAUGUAUUACUCAGAUCUUUUUUAACCAUGCUGUUGGGGGCACUGAGAUGGCGCUGCUCAUAGCCAUGGCCUUUGACAGAUACACGGCCAUAUGUAAACCUCUCCGCUACCUGACCAUCAUGAGCCCAAGAAUGUGUCUCUACCUUUUAGCCACUUCCUCAAUCAUUGGCCUUAUCCACUCAUUGGUCCAAUUAGUUUUUGUGAUAGAUUUACCUUUUUGUGGUCCUAAUAUCUUUGACAGUUUUUACUGUGACCUCCCUCGGCUCCUCAGACUUGCCUGCACAAACACCCAAGAACUGGAGUUCAUGGUCACUGUCAAUAGUGGACUCAUUUCUGUGGGCUCCUUUGUCUUGCUGGUAAUUUCCUACAUGUUCAUUCUGUUCACUGUUUGGAAACAUUCUUCUGGUGGUUUAGCCAAGGCCCUCUCCACUCUGUCAGCUCAUGUCACUGUGGUCAUCUUGUUCUUUGGGCCACUGAUGUUUUUCUACACAUGGCCUUCUCCCACAUCACACCUGGAUAAAUAUCUUGCUAUUUUUGAUGCAUUUAUUACUCCUUUUCUGAAUCCAGUUAUCUACACAUUCAGGAACAAUGACAUGAAAGUGGCAAUGAGGAGACUGUGCAGUCGUCUUGUGCAUUUUACAAAGAUUUUGUAAAUAGGUUGGCUGUGAAGAUGUGUAACUAUGAAUUAUUCCUCAUGCUGGUUGCAUAAAAGAAACUAUGCAAUUUCAGAGAAAUACCGAAGACUCAGGCCAUAUUAUAUGCCUGAAAAUCUAUUAAAUUAUGGUAACAAUUUCACCGUUAAAUUAGAAGUGGUGUUAUUCUUUGCACCAUGUGCAUCAAAGUGCUAAAUGUUAAAUCUUAAUGUCUUUUGUAACCUACCACUUUGAAAGACCUUGUUCUAGGUGAGUGCCAUGUAAUUGAACAAAUAAUAAUACUAUGUAUCUUUUUCUCUAUUGGACAGAUUAUCGAUAGACAAACUACACAUUCAAUUAACCUGUUUACUACCUAACUCUCUUUUUUUUUUUUUUGAGAUGGAGUCUUGCUCUGUCACUCAGGCUAGAGUGCAAUGGCAUGAUUUCAGCUCACUGCAACCUCUGCCUCUCUGGUUCAAGGGUUCAAGCAAUUCUCCUGCCUCAGCCUCCUGAGGGUUGGGAUUACAGGCACCCAUCACAACCCCUGGCUAAUUUUUGUAUUUUUAGUAGAGAUGGAGUUUCACCAUGUUGGCCAGGCUGGUCUUGAACUCCUGACCUCAAGUGAUCCAUCUGCCUCUGCCUCCCAAAGUGCUGGGAUUACAGGCAUGAGCCACCACACCUGGCCUGUUUAGUAUCUAACUCUCUUGAUUUUAAUUCUUUUUGUUCCUAAAGUGUUUGCUUUGUGUUGCUCCAGUCUCUACAUAUUUUACCUCCUUUUUAGGCUUCUCUGUCUGGCCAUCUGGAAAAUUGUUAGUCCUAUAUUUAGAAUUAGAGUGGAUUACCAACACCAUUUGUUGUAAUCCCUUCAAACUACAUGUACUAAAAUCCAAGAAUUGAGUGGUGACUACAGUUUGCCCAAAGGCACACAGCUGGAAAUCAUCAAAGAGAGCCAGGCACCAGAAACCGUGACUUUCACUUUCAGAUCAACUUUGUUUUUGAUUUGAUGCUCAUAUUCCACUCUUCCAGCUUUUCCUGUAGGACUAAUUUUGAGUCUAUUUGAAGAGAGAGCUUUAUACUAAUCAUUUCUAUUACGUCCUACCAGGAAAUCAUUAGCACUUAGCACUUCUUUAUCAUUUCUGAAUCCUUCCCUA